CCUACCUCUCCUCUGUUGAGUAGUCCCCCACCCCCCCCUCCUCCCCUUUGCCUAUCCUGGGAAAAGCUGCUGGAGAUGUUAGGCUAUUUGGAGGUUGUGUUUCUCUUGUGUGUGACUUACUGGAGCCGGUCACAAGCCCUCGGUCCGAUGAUCAAUUGCCAGCCGUGUGAUCAGAAGUCUCCGUCUCUGUGCCAGGCUAACCCUGUGGGCUGUGAGCUGGUCAAGGAACCAGGCUGCGGCUGCUGCUUGACCUGUGCCCUGCCAGAGGGACACAACUGCGGCGUGUACACCGAGAUCUGCGGCGUAGGUUUGAAGUGUCUACCCAAGCCGGACGAGGAGAAGCCCCUUCACGCCCUGCUUCACGGACGAGGCAUCUGCAGAGCCGCCAAGAGUUACCUGCAGAGCCAGGAGCAAGCAGCCGAACCGCCAGAGAAGGAAUCUCCUGAGGUUGAGCAAUCGAUCUCCAUGGAUACAGCUGAGGAAGGUUACAACUCCAAACCAUUGCCUAAGAAGCAUAGUCGCCUAUCCAAUCACAAGGUGGAGGCGUUGAAAAAGGAUCGUCAGAAGAGACUGCGCAUCUCCAAGAUCAUCUCAUCCUCUGAGAACACCUCACAUGACCGGCGUCUCCCUGGCCACAAACAGGAAUCGGAACUUGGUCCAUGCCGCAGGCAGAUGGAGCUUGUGAUGCAGAAUCUGAAGAAAGCUGCUUACUUGAGUCCACAUGAGGUUUACAUCCCAAACUGUGAUCGCAAGGGCUUGUACAAAAGGAAACAGUGCAAACCAUCGAAGGGAAAACGGCGGGGACUGUGCUGGUGUGUGAACAAGAAUGGGCUCAAGUUACCCAGCUCAGAUUUUAUACAUCAUGACUUUCAGUGUCACAGCUUUGAGAGCGACUGAUGUCCCUUCACCUUGACCAUCCUCUCCGAAUUUAUUGGCUCUUUUCCAACCAGCUGACCGUCUCCAGAGGUUUCUCUUCAUGAGUGGUCGGCUGACUAAAGAUUAUAAACCUUUGACAGUGAGUGCAUCAAAACCUUAAAGUAUAAUAAUUGAAAAAAAAAUAGUAUGUUAUUAUUUUCUGAGACAUCAGGAUUGGUUGAGCCUGCGUGAGCUUUAUUUUUGGCUUUUCAAUCUCUACAAAAGAAUCAUCCUUUUUUGAUUGAAAUUUGUUUUUUUUAAAAGAGAAAUGCUGCAAGGUUGGGUGGUUCAGUGUAUUUUUAACAACCCGCGAUGCCCUUUCUAAUCACAAAUUAAGGAGAUUUCUCUCGACCCAAGAAAUGCACUUAAAAGAAACCUGAAACCUCAACCAGUGACUCGAUGAGAGAUCCACUGCCCAACACCUGGAUCCUAACCGAGCUGGCAGCAUCCUGAUUGGACGAGGGGAUGGGGAGAUCCAGUGUUUGGUCUGACCUCCUUCUUGCUUGCCUUCUAACUGUCUGGUUGGGGGGGUGGGGGGGUGGGAUGGGGAGAGGUGGUGGGGUGGGCGGAAGGGGGGUGUGCAGGAUGGCAUGAUUGGUCAGACUGGGUUUUGAUCUCCUUUGCAGUAGAAGGUGGGUGAUACCAUUAACCUGAUCAAUGUGACCUGGUGGUCCACAGAUCGAUUCAGCCAUCAGUGUGUCAAGAUUCAGCAUUGAUGUUUCCCUCAGACUGUGCGUGCUGAAGUGGGGAAGCUUAUUGUGUGUGUGUGUGUGUGUGUGUGUGGGGU